AUGGCUUUACCUAAUCCUUUUCGUCGAAAUGAUGAGAAUACUCGCCACGCCUGGGGAUAUACCUUCCAAUGGACCCCUGAUCAUCUGACAGAAGAGCAAAUGCAUCCCAUGAAGUUUUCAUACGAUAUUCUAGCUGAAGAAUGCUUAAAUCUUUUGGACAAACUAUCGCCACCCACAUCAGGAGAACUUCCCAGAAAUCAAAGUACGAUUCCGAAGGGAAAGGAAGGCAAAGAACUACCCAAAAGAGAUUUGUAUGUCUUGUUGAGAGAUCAUGCUUCCGAAGAUGAAAAACUCGGGGAACUAUGGAAUGAAGUUAAUACAAUACCGGAUUGGGUUGACUGGGAACAAAUCGAAAGAGGUCAGGAAGUGUUUUAUAGAUAUGGAGGUGCUGUAUUGACUGGAUUGGCAUAUCAGUCAUUACUCGGUGGAAUGGGCGCAGCUAGAGUUACAGAGGUUUUAGCUAGGACUGGUGGCUUUUCUGCAAAGUCAGCCAGAAGAAGAAUGUUCGAAACGACCCAGCUCCUCCUUCAAGUAACUCAAUCCCUUGAAGCCAUCAAACCCGGUGGCACAGGCCACAUAUCCUCCAUAAAAGUCCGUCUGCUCCAUGCCGCUGUCCGCCGCCGCAUUCUAGCUCUAGCCAAAGAAAGGCCCUCCUACUACUCAAUCACAGAUCACGGCAUCCCCAUCAAUGACCUUGACAGCAUAGCAACCAUCGGCACCUUCUCCACGACUCUAGUCUGGCUCUCUCUCCCCCGUCAAGGCAUCUUUCUCCGCCCCCAAGAAAUAACUGACUACGUUGCUCUCUGGCGUCUCGUCGCCCACUAUCUCGGCACCCCAACUUCCUUCUUCGAAACUCCUACCUCGGCAAAAACCAUCAUGGAAUCUCUCCUGCUAACCGAAAUCAAUCCUUCCCCUACUUCCCAAAUUCUCGCCCAAAACAUCAUCCUCUCCCUCCAAAACCAAGCCCCAGCCUACCCCUCCCGCGCCUUCCUCGAAGCCAACGCUCGCUGGCUGAACGGCCACUUACUCUCCGAUGCUCUUGGCCUCGGUAACCCUCCCAUAUACUACUACAUCCUCGUCGCAGGCCAAUGCAUCUUCCACAUGACAAUCAGCUAUCUCUACCGCAGCAUUAACCACCUCGAUUGCAAACAAAUCGUCUUCUUAAGAAGGGUCUUGCCAAUGGUAAUCCAUAGCCCGACGGUGGGGAUUGCAGGGGAAACGGGCUUCGAAAUGCAGUAUGUACCGGAGUUUACCACAAAAACGGAGUUGGGGGAGUUUGUGAAAGGGGAGAAUAAGGGGAGUGUGGAGGUGAGAAAUUUGAAGGCCGUCGGAUUGGCGGUUGUUGGGGUGGGAGCGGGAAGUUGGGUAGUGUGGAAAGUGUUGAGGGGUUUGGUGAUGGGCGUGGUGGGAAUGGGAAAGCGAGUGCUUUGGCUGUGGGGAUGA